AUGGGAACUAAGCACCACAGCUCCUCUGAUCCCACUGCCGACAGUAAAAGGAGACGCCUAUCUAGGAAAGACGAAGUGUUAUCUCCAGACAGUUUCCAAGUUGAACCAAUUGACCUGUACCAGUUCUUUGAAGAGGAUGGGAAGAUAUAUGGUUACCAGGGUCUGAAGAUCACUGUGUGGCUUAGCAGCAUAUCGUUCCACGCAUAUGCUGAUAUUUCUUUUGAGAGCUCAUCAGAUGGUGGCAAGGGGAUAACCGACUUGAAGUCAUCCCUUCAGAAUAUUUUUGCUGAGAAUCUUGUUGAGAGCAAAGAUGACUUUCUUCAGACAUUUUCAACUGAAUGCCACUAUGUAAAGUCCCUCGUCGCUGGUGCAGAAGUCUUGAGUAAAGAUGCUCUUACGGAUAGCAGUGGGAACUCCAUUUGCCAUUUUAAAGAAGAGUCAAUAAACAUUGAGAGAAAUCUCUUGAUUGGCACUCCAAAGUGCGCAGCUUGGUUUUGCUUGCGGAAAGUGUUGUAUAAAAAUGAAUAUAUGUUCUAUCAAUCAUCAGGUUUGAUUUUCUGCAUCAGGGGUCCUGAGAUGGGGCAACUUUACAGCCGAUUGGUCCCACUUGUUCUUCUUCUAGUAGAUGGUAGCAAUCCUAUUGAUGUCACUGAUCCAAAAUGGGAAAUCUAUAUUCUUAUCCGAAAAGACCAUCAUGAUAGUUGCACAAGGCUGCUUGCUUUUGCAGCUGUUUAUCGUUUUCACAGGUAUCCUGACGGGAUUCGCCUGCGCCUAGGUCAGAUAUUGACCAUACCCCCCUACCAAAGAAAUGGCUGUGGCGGCUGUCUCCUUCAACUGCUCAACAACAUUGCAAUUUCAGAUGACGUUUAUGAUCUCACGAUUGAAGAACCUGUGGAGUCCCUUCAACACGUGAGAACGUGCAUCAAUGUGCGGCGCCUGCUCGCUUAUGACCCAGUCCUUCGAGCCCUCGACCCCAUUGUCUCGAAACUGAAGCACGAGAAUCUCUCCAAGAAAAGCCAGCCCUUUCGGUGUGGGCCCCCAGCGAGUAUAAUCAAGGAUGUCAGGAAAAAAAUGAAAAUCAACAAGAGACAAUUUAUCAUGUGCUGGGAGAUAUUGAUCUAUCUCAGCUUAGACCCCGUUGAGAAAUACAUGGAGAAUUAUGUGACGAUAAUUUCAGGCCAUGUGAGGGCUGAUGUUAUUGGGAAAGAAUCUGAAGGGGCUGGGAAGCGUUUGGUUGAUAUCCCGACUCAGUUUGAUAAGGAUAUGUCGUUUGCCAUGUUUAAGUCUAGGGAUGGUGAUUGUAUUGGUGCAGUUGAAAAGGAUGAGAGUGAGGGCAAUCAGGAGGAGCAACUAAAGCAAUUGGUGGAGGAGAGGAUGAGAGAGAUUAAAUCCAUUGGAGAGAAGGUUGCUGGUCGAGUUUUGUUAUGAAGCGGGAAAUAUAUGCCUUUUUAGGAACUAACUGGUUAGUAUAUUUGAAAGACUGGAUUUAAUGUGGAACUUGAGCUCAAGAAAAUUGUCAAAUUUGUGGCUCUAGUGGAACUAACUGGUUUUGUUGGACUUAAAGUUGCUUGAAUUUGUGGGACAUUCUAAUUUUGGUAUCUGUUUUUUUGUCUAAUUUGUGACAGAUGUUAUUCUUUUGGAAUUUAAAAUUCAAAAUGCAUUUAGAA